AUGUGGUACGCAGCCGAGUCUCCACAGCUCCCUCUCAGUUCUGAGCCACAGUUCUUAAUAGGUGCUUUGGGAACUGGUGCAAAAAUGAAACCCAGAGAAGAGCCAGAGGAGCAGGAAAAGCAAGAGAAAUUGAGUCAGAACGACCCGACCCAGGACUACGCAGAGGAGAAGCGACGCCGGAGGUCUGCAGGUCAGAAUAGGCAGUGCGUGUGCUCUCCAAAUGAGCGGCGCAUUCCGAGUCGGCAGCAGCGUUCACCUACCCCAAGCUCAGCUGCCCAGCUCAGCUCUACGCAUUUGCCUAUUCCACUCCUGGCUGGCAUCAGUCUGGAAGCCCCGACCGUAGAAUCGCCCCUAGGGGCAUUUAGCAACCCUGGCACCAUGAGUUAUGGGGAUGAACUGACCCCUGAAGCUCUAAGUGUGCCUAGUGGUUUUGAUGACCUGAUCACCACCACCACCUCACAGGUACUGCAAGCCAUGUGCAGUGCCGCCUCUGCGAUUGGUCGAGCUGGCCAAGAUAGGGUGCUCUCCAUGAUGGAUAAGCUGCCAGACAGUAUGUCAAACAUUGGCGACCUGGAGGACCUGCCGGGUCUCCUAACUUCAGAAGUAGUGUCCCAAGACGAGCAGGUACAAUUCUGGCUAGUGUUAGGGUACACCGUAGUGGUCUUUGCUGCUAUCUUAGGCAACUGGCUUUUAAACCAUGUAAUUAUGAAGUACAAGAAAGUGCACACCGCCAGUGGCCUCUUCGUUGUCAACAUUUCUGUCACCAACAUGAUGCUGGCUCUUCUCAGCUCCCCGUUCACCAUGGUACGCUAUGUUUGUAAUUCCUUGGCUCUUGGGAAGAUGACAUGCCAUCUUAGUUGCUUUGCACAGUUCUCUUGUGCCUAUGUAACUGUGAUGACCAUGGCUGCUAUUUCCUUGGACCGACAUCGGGUGAUGCUAUACCCCCUGAAGUCUCGUAUUACUUUGAUGCAAGGCAAUGUUUGCAUCAUUAUCAUAUGGAUCCUGAGCACUUGUGCUGCUUUGCCUCAUGCCAUUUAUCAGAAGCCUUACCAGGUGAAGAUUGGAAACAGUACUGAGGAUACUGCCUGCCUCCCAAGUUUCCCAUAUACUUCAAAAUUUACACGGAAAUACCUUGACCUGAGCACCUUUUUGCUUUUCUUCAUCUUGCCAUUGAUGGUAUUAUUGGUGGUCUAUGGUCAUGUGGCCAAGAAGCUGUGGAUCCAUAAUGCUGUCGAUGAUAUCAAUAUCCAUACUUACAUCUGCCAACGUGGGAAGAAGAAGCAGACUCUGAAAAUGCUGCUAACAGUGGUACUUGCGUACACAGUCAGCUGGCUCCCCCUCAACCUCUACCUUGUGCUGCUAUCUACUGAGCUGAUAUCAAGCCAUAAUGAUCUCUACUUUUUCCUUCAUUGGCUGGCAAUUAGCAGCUCCUGCUACAACCCCUACAUUUACUGCUGGCUCAGUGACAGCUUCCGGAUUGAAGUUCAGAAGGUCAUCGCGGAAGUCCAGAAGAUGAUGCUAGAUAAAAUCAGUCGCCUGAGAGGGGAGCAUCAGCAACUAAGAUCUGCCUCACCUACCCAUCAUCCUAUCUUGGUGGAUACUAAUCCUGGAGUGCCCAAAUUCCCCAGAUUCAAAGAUUUUGAUGAGCUUCCCAGUCCCCCUCCCUCUCCAGUAGUAGAAAUCUCUUUCAUUUACCCAUCAAUGCCUAGAGUUUAA